GUGGCUAAAUGGUCAGUCCGCCCCUGGCUGUGUCCAAUCAUGUAAAUGAUAGUUUGUGAUGAUCAGUGUGCCCUGAUGAUCAGUGUAGCCCCAUCAGUGCCACCUGUCAGUGUCCAUCAAUGCCACUUGCCAGUGCCCAUCAGUGCCACAUCAAUGCCACAUAUCAUUACCUACCAGUGCACAUCAAUGCCACAUAUCAGUGCCCAUCUGAGCUGCCUUUCAGUGCCACCUAUCAGUACCAGUCAGUGCUGCCUAUCAGUGCUGCCAAUCAGUGCCACCUAUCAGAGCCAGUCAGUGCCACCUAUCAGUGCCAGUCAGUGCCGCCUAUCAGUG